AUGGCGCUCUCCAUGGCUGGGGCCACCAAAGCCAAGGGCAAGAGCGUGGCCAAGGAGGAGGUGACGGGCCCCGCUGUGUGCACCGACCCCGUGCUGCUCGCCACCCACGCCAUGGGCGUCAACAUCUACAAGGAGGGCCCCGAGGUGGCCCUCAAGCCCGACUCCGAGUACCCGGCCUGGCUCUUUGAGAUCAACCUGAAUCCCCCCAAGAAGCUGGAGGACAUGAACCCRGAAUCGCUGGAAUAUUGGAGGCGCCUGCGGAAGUACGACACGUGGCGCCGCAACAAGCUCAAGAAGGGCAAGAAGUUCUAGGCGCAGGCCUGGCCGUGCUCUGYGUGGAGCUGCGUGGGUGGCGCCGGGCUGAGCCGCCGUCGCCUGCUCUCAGUCUCUUAUUCU